AUGGAUCAGAAAUCUUCGGGAGUUCUCCAAGAGAAUAAAUUGGUAAAUGCAGAUCGUCCCACUUCGAUGGUACGAGGGGUAACACGCAGUGGACGCAUCGUGCGGUCUUCGUGGGACAGUAACUUUGUUUACACUGACAAUAGGAAGUGUCGCCCCAAGCUCCGCAGGCGGAGGCGCAAAGACAAUCAGCGGUUAAUAUACAUUGACCUGGACCAGUCGGUGGCGAUUGUAAGGGAUAAACCUGUGGCCGAUUUAUCAUUAGAUGGCGAUGCAGAUCUCAAAACUAGGCUGCACAAAUUCCUGGGCCUCCUCGCCCCGCGCCGUAGACUUUACAAUCCCAUGGAAUCCCUUGAGCCAAAUAACUCUCCCCAGAAGGGGAGUGCACACCCCUCUAGCAGACUUUUUAUAGACCAGGGCCAGUCUGUGGCUACUGCCAGAGAUAAACACGAUGAUAAUGAAGCACUCAAAGUGCAGCUGCACAAAAUCCUGGGCCUCAGAACGCCGCACAAACGUGACUUCAAUUUCAUGGACACUGCGAAUGAGGCGGAGGAGGCUGACAAGGUGAGCCUGCAUAGUUCCCCCAUUGAGGAGACGAAGUCCAAGCUCUGUUCCGAUCUGGUGUUCCAGAGAAAUAACAGCAGCAUUCAGGAACGGACAACGACGGCCCUCAAGGAGCCGAAGCUGCGGGUGGCGAGCAUUUGUCAGCAGCACAAGGAGAGCACUCUAGCCUGCCUAGAACAUCAUCCGCUCGUUUACGGAUUCGUCGAAUCACUGAAUCCAAAGAUUGCGAUCAAUAUGUGCCAUCCGCGGGCACUGACCUACCGAAACACAGAUUUUGCGAAGUGCAAAGUGGACCUGGCUGAGGUCCUAUAUGAAAUAUUCAAUCAUUCAAUCUUUCACUGCGGCCUUCAGGCGAAAAUUGUGUGGAAAUCUAGAAUGAGCACUGCCAGCACCAGCGAGCUGGGCUUUAACGAUUCAGGGCACCGCACAGCGCGAGUUUUGCUGUGCAAAAAGAACAUCAGUCAGGCGAGUUUGCUAAUAAAGCUGCUGCUUCAUGAGAUGUGCCAUGUGGCGGCCUUUGUGUUCAACGGUGAAAUAGGACAUGGCGACAACUGUCGGAAAUGGGGCAACCAAUCCAAACAACGGAUACCGGACCUGGCAUUGAUCACGAAUUGCGAGGCUAGAUAUAAAUAUUCCUGUCCGCUGUGCUCCCGAUUCUCCUUCGGCCGCAUGGAGUUUAAGAACGACUCGGAGCGUCUGCGGUGUCAUUACUGCCAGUUUGCGGUAAAGGUGGAGCGUUGGAGCCGCACUGACCCAUACAAAUUGCCGGGACUGAAUAAGUCGGAAACGGCAUUCAUGGCGUUUGUUCGUGAGAAUUACCUACUGGUGGAGGAUAUGGAGAGCACGCACAGUUCCAAGAUGCAGCUUCUUAAUAGACAGUUUAUGGAUAAGAAGAAUACCAUAACUGUGCUUUAA